AUGGGUACUGAAGAAGAGCUUGGACCAGCUUCUGGUGCUUUUGAUGUCGAUGAACUCUAUGCUACUACCGAACCUAUUUGCUUUACCACUUGUUUUGGCAGUUCAUACGAAUCUCUGAGACAUUCCACUACUGAAAACAGGGACAUUUUCCUCAAGAGUUUGAAGUUAUCAUCAGCUUGGGCGGUCAGACACGUCACGUGCAUGUACUGGCUCCAAGAUAUAUCUGUACCUGCGCCAGUGUUGGUGUACUCCUCACGAUCGUACAGAUAUCUGAAGGAACAGUGGGACUUAUAUAGUACUUGCAACUGUUCCCGUGUUUCCCGCCUGCCUACAGGAACAGCCUCAGGGCGGGAUACUCAAAGAUAUUCAAGGUUGCUAAUAUUUGCCACGAACAUCUCACAUCUGGGAGCCAAGGUCAGACAAAACCUGACAAACUUAUCUGUGACUCGUGGUGUACAGCGUCCACGUGAGGGUGAUCGGUGCGCGCGUGGAUCAGGAGAGUGCAAGCGGUCGUGCACGGAGCCUAUAAGGGGCGUCCGGGAGUGUGGCCGUGACCUGAUCUGCUGCAGGGAGGACAACACAGAUUGUGAAAUAUCGAAGAAAUGUUUGAAAUACGACGGUGAGUGUAAGGCAAAGUGUCAGGGGGACGAGCGACACAUCGAUGACAUGUGUAAGGAUGAUGACUGUAAGUGCUGCGCCGCCCCAUGCAAGCUGACCGAGCAGUGUCGUGCUGCCCGGGGCCGCUGUGUCAGUGACAAGGACGAGUGUGAUGGCGGCACGGUGUUCAAGGGAGGGUGUGAAGGCCGCCACUGUUACUGCUGCGUGACUAAGCCUCCUAACAAUUGUGAAAUAUCGAAGAAAUGUUUGAAAUACGACGGUGAGUGUAAGGCAAAGUGUCAGGGGGACGAGCGACACAUCGAUGACAUGUGUAAGGAUGAUGACUGUAAGUGCUGCGCCGCCCCAUGCAAGCUGACUGAGCAGUGUCGUGGUGCCCGGGGCCGCUGUGUCAGUGACAAGGGCGAGUGUGAUGGCGGCACGGUGUUCAAGGGAGGGUGUGAAGGCCGCCACUGUUACUGCUGCGUGACUAAGCCUCCUAACAAUUGUGAAAUAUCGAAGAAAUGUUUGAAAUACGACGGUGAGUGUAAGGCAAAGUGUCAGGGGGACGAGCGACACAUCGAUGACAUGUGUAAGGAUGAUGACUGUAAGUGCUGCGCCGCCCCAUGCAAGCUGACUGAGCAGUGUCGUGCUGCCCGGGGCCGCUGUGUCAGUGACAAGGACGAGUGUGAUGGCGGCACGGUGUUCAAGGGAGGGUGUGAAGGCCGCCACUGUUACUGUUGCGUGACCAAGAGUAAGUGGAUUUUUAAUUAG